UGUAUAAAUAAUCCCCGUAGAAAAUAGUGAAAAUUACGCAAGUUUCUUCAUAAAAUUGGCCAAUGAAUUUCACUGGUCUUUGACCUUUUACCCGUUUAUUUACUGUCAUCAUGGCGACCUUCCCAAGUAAACGACCGACAACAAGAAGAUUGAAUUUUCGACCUACAACAAGCGAUGCAAACAUCGAUCAACGUGGAACCAAGCCUACAAGUGAACCUACUUCAAUCAAGGAAAUUUUUACAUUAAUGGUGCUUUAUUGCUGCAAGAAAUCCUUAUUUUUCAACACUAAUCUUAAGGUUGCCAUUUACUUGGGCGCCUUAUUCAUCAUUUCCCUUCUUGCUGAUGUGUUUACCGUUCCGAAAAUAUACCUGUCCCGUUCAGAUAACAUUUUCAACAGACUGUUUGUUAAAUUUGCAUGGGGAUGGAAUUUAAUGCUGCUUGUACCUUUUGUUUUGUGCACAACCUACAUUUACUGCUGUGGCAAAAAAUCUAAAAUCAUCAGAUAUCAUCUAUUGAGGAUAGGAGUUGCCACAUUCUUCUGGUGGUUUUGGACCACAUUCUUCAACUUCAUUGAAGCCUCCUUCGGCAAGUGCAACAAUGUUAAGUUCAAUGCUAAAGGACACUGUCUACAAGCUGGACACAUCUGGAAUGGAUUUGAUUUGUCAGGUCAUUCAUUUAUUUUAAUCUACGGCAGUUUAGUCCUGAUAGAAGAGACAAAGUGUAUGCUCAACUGGGACAGCAUUAAGGACCACAUCAGACUUGAGGAGCACGCUCGCGCGACGAAAGACACAGCCCAAAGUACCAAUCCUUUAAGGUACCUCACUGAUGUUGAAUUCAAGCAACUGCAGUUUAAUUAUGAAAAGUACACACCUUACAUAAGAAUACUAUUCAUAGUAAUCACAAUGUUUCAAGUCAUGUGGGAUGUGAUGCUUGUUUGUACAAUGCUUUACUACCACAUUAUGAUUGAAAAAUUCUUAGGUGGUGCUUUUGCAAUUUUAACUUGGUUCUUCACAUAUCGAGUGUGGUUUGCACACCCCAAGUUGCUUCCAAAAAUGCCUGGAGAAGGGGAAUUUAAAUAUAUUAAAAAAGCGACGAAAGAAACUCUACCCCCUUCGAGGAGAAGGACUGGCAGUUUAGUAAAUGGAAAUCAAGUGCCAAUGUUCAUGGGACGUCAGCUUUACACAGCAAAUGCAGAAGGCGAUGGAUCUGGGAGGUAGCUUUAAGUAAAUGUAGAAAAUUGCAAUCAUAUUGGUGCCUUUACUUAAAUUUUUAUUGUUUGCAUUUUAUUAAUUUCUUGUUGAUUUUUUAUCAUUUAUUUGUAAAUGUACAAAUAGUACAAAUUAUUGCCGGUAUAUUGUUUUAUGUUAUUGACUGGUUCAUUUUAUAUUGGUGUAAAUAGGUGUGAUCUAAUUUGAAAUCAUUACAAUAUUCUAAUACUCUAUUUAUUUAUAUGUAAGUUUUCAAUAAUAAAUAAGCUUAAAUAUUUAAAAAAAGUUUGAAAUAUUAUCCAAUCAUUUACAUAACAUUGAUACAUUUUUAUAUAAGCACUAGAAGUGGUUCAAACAAAAAAUAAUGUUAAGGGCUAUUAGACAUUUUUCUACUAUUCAACCAAAUUGUAUUUGUGAUAACAAUGCAGUUGUCUGUAGCCAAAAUUUUACUUCCUUGUAAUGUUAUUAAUGACAGUUAUGUAGUUUUUUUACAAAUACAAAACAUUUUGUAUUCAAGGUAUGUUUGUAAGGUUGUUUCUUAAUUUUAAGGGUUGUUGUAUAUUUUUGUUAAUAUACCUUUAAAAAUC